AGAUCGCUUGUGCUGCCUGAUAAUUCCUCGCGCUUUUCCCAGGCUGGCGCCAGGUCUUCAGGGGCCGUCCAGGACUACAGAGCUGUUUUACCCUGCCUUGGCUGCAGCCUCUUCCCCCAUGCUGGAAGGUGCAGAGCUGUACUUCAAUGUGGACCAUGGCUACCUGGAGGGCCUGGUUCGAGGAUGUAAGGCCAGCCUCCUGACCCAGCAGGACUAUAUCAACCUAGUCCAGUGCGAGACCCUAGAAGAUCUGAAAAUUCAUCUCCAGACUACUGAUUAUGGUAACUUUUUGGCUAAUCAAACAAAUCCUCUUACUGUUUCCAAAAUUGACACUGAGAUGAGGAAAAGACUAUGUGGAGAAUUUGAGUAUUUCCGGAAUCAUUCCCUGGAGCCCCUCAGCACAUUUCUCACCUAUAUGACGUGCAGUUACAUGAUAGACAAUGUGAUUCUGCUGAUGAAUGGUGCAUUGCAGAAAAAAUCUGUGAAAGAAAUUCUGGUGAAGUGCCACCCCUUGGGCCGUUUCACAGAAAUGGAAGCUGUCAACAUUGCAGAGACACCUUCAGAUCUCUUUAAUGCCAUUCUGGUAGAAACACCAUUAGCUCCAUUCUUUCAAGACUGCAUGUCUGAAAAUGCUCUAGAUGAACUGAAUAUUGAAUUGCUGCGCAAUAAACUAUACAAGUCUUACCUUGAGACAUUCUAUAAAUUCUGUAAGAAUCAUGGUGAUGUCACAGCAGAAGUUAUGUGUCCCAUUCUUGAGUUUGAGGCCGACAGACGUGCUUUUAUCAUCACUCUUAACUCCUUUGGCACUGAAUUGAGCAAAGAAGACCGGGAGACCCUCUAUCCAGCCUUUGGCAAGCUCUAUCCUGAGGGGUUGCGGCUGUUGGCUCAAGCAGAAGACUUUGACCAGAUGAAGACCAUAGCGGAUCAUUACGAAGUAUACAAGCCUUUAUUUGAAGCCAUAGGUGGCAAUGGGGGAAAGACACUGGAGGACGUGUUUUAUGAGCGUGAGGUACAAAUGAAUGUGCUGGCAUUCAACAGACAGUUCCACUACGGUGUGUUUUACGCAUAUGUAAAGCUGAAGGAACAGGAAAUGAGAAAUAUUGUGUGGAUAGCAGAAUGUAUUUCACAGAGGCAUCGAACGAAAAUCAACAGUUACAUUCCAAUUUUAUAACCCAAGUGAAGUUCUCAAAUGCAGAAAAUUAUAUAUGUUAAAAGGAAGUUACUGAAGAAAAGAAAAUAAAUUUUAUUAUCUAUUUUGUAUACCUAUAGGCUACACAAAAGCAAGGCACCCUGCAUCUUCAUGAGUUGCAAAUCCAUAGAAAUACAGUAAACCAGCGCUGAAAGAAAGCAUUUCCUUGUUUUCAGUGGCAUUCGAUCUUGUUUCCACAUGUCUGUCUCAUUCUUCACUGGGCCUUACGAGUUAAUUUUAAUUACCCCUAUGGCAUUUUCUUAUUCUUGUUUAAUCAUGUUAAAAAUUAGACGUAAUAAAAGUAUUUUAUUCUUGCUUUUCCAUGCUUCUCUACAGGCCCAAAUACUGAAUGUCUCUUUUUUAAAAUUUUUUUCUAGAGAGUCACUCUGUGACCUAGGCUACAGUGUAGUGGUAUGAUCACAGCUCACUGCAGCCUUGACCUCCCAGGCUCAAGUGAUCCUCCCACCUCUCAGCCUCCUAGGUAGCUGGAACUACAAGGGCACACCACCACACAAGGCUAAGUUUUGUAUUUUUUGUAGAGACAAGGUUUCAUCAUCUUACCCAGGCUGGUGCUGAAUUCCUGGGCUCAAGGGAUCCACCCGCCUUAGUCUCUCAAAGUGUUGCGAUUUGAUAUGUGAGCCACUGUGCCUGGCUUCAUUUACAUUUUAACUUUCUGUUCCUUGCCUAGAUCCACAAAAAUCCAAAGCUGUAUGUAGCCAAUAUGGAUCACAUUUAAUGGAAAACUUGUGUUUUGUUUUGUUUUUCUAAUGUACUUUGAUUCAAUCAGUUUAAGAAAGCAACACAAUUCCAAAUUCUAUCCUCUAGAUGCAAGCAGUGUUCAAUUUGUUAAUAAAUUUGUUUUUUUUAAAUUUCUUUAAAUAAAAGGUAUAUUUCUUU